GGCGGGCGGCUGCGGGAGGAGGAGGAGUCGCUGCCGCCGCCCCUGCCCCGGGCCGGCCCCGGGGCUGGACUUGGCCGCGGCAGCCGGGCCCUGACGCCGCGCUCAGACCGAAGGCAGCAGUAAUGCUAACUCUGGCAAGCAAGCUGAAGCGGGAUGAUGGUGUCAGAGGACCCCGUACAUCCAGUCCAGCUUCUGACUCGACUCGGAGGGUGUCUGUUAGAGACAAAUUGCUUGUUAAAGAGGUUGCAGAACUUGAAGCUAAUUUACCUUGUACGUGUAAAGUGAAUUUUCCUGACCCAAACAAGCUUCAUUACUUUCAGCUAACUGUAAUCCCAGAUGAGGGCUAUUACCAAGGUGGAAAGUUUCAAUUUGAAAUUGAAGUUCCUGAUGCCUACAAUAUGGUGGUCAGAAUUUCCCUUGUUGCAGCUUGUCUGUCACCUCUUCCUUUAUCCCCGUGCACCUCUAAGAAGAGUCUGAGCCCUGUAGACCAUCCCUUUAGGGAGGUGCAGGCAGCACCUCCAAAAGUAAAAUGCUUGACAAGAAUCUGGCAUCCGAACAUUACAGAGAUGGGAGAAAUCUGCUUAAGUUUAUUGAGAGAACAUUCAAUUGAUGGCACUGGCUGGGCUCCAACUAGAACAUUAAAGGAUGUUGUCUGGGGAUUAAACUCUUUAUUUACUGAUCUUUUGAAUUUUGACGAUCCCUUGAAUAUUGAGGCUGCAGAGCAUCAUUUGCGUGACAAGAGAGACUCGGAAAGAGCUACCAAAAUAGAUCCAUGCCUCCAGGAACUCCUCAGCCUUUUGAUUUGUGUGUUCAUCGGGGUCCAAGAAUUUAGGACACAGAUCGGUAUGUUUUUAUCUUUAGCUUGUUCAGUGCUGGACUUUGUCAACAGCUCAAUAGAUGCAAUUGGCUCAAGGAAGGGCAGGCAGCAGAAAGUCUGUUCAGUGCGUGCCCAGACAGGGGUAUUGUUGCAGCUAACAAGGGGAGGCAUGCCCAGAUCCUGCUCUCAUUAUGUUUGCUUCAUGUUUGCUUAUCAGGCCCUCAUUUUUUAAGUUGUUUGCAUUGCAGAAUAUUUGAGUCAAUGUGUUGCUUAGAUUAGUGUGCUCCUGUCUUUGCUGCGCUGCUUUAUGUACUCGUGUUUGAGCUUCUCUUGGCCUGGGAUCUGGCUUUGUCCGUUGUCUGGUAUAAGGUUUUCCACUUAACUUCACUCCCUUGUUUAAAUUGAUAGCCCUGCACCAGCCUUGACAUCCUGAAAUCUCUCUUGCUAAUAGGAAGUAGCUGGUCCUGAACAUUUUCUUCAGCAACAGCACUGCUUAUUUCUAACAGUACAAAGCUGUGACGUGAUAAAAGCCUGAGGGUUUUUUAACCUCCUUCAAGUAAAAUAAGAAGCUCGCAUUUAUUCUUGGAUGCUGAACUGAGUAUCUGUUUCCCAAUGUUUUCUAAGAGAGGUUGUGAGACGUCGAAGGAUUGCUCUAAUUAAAUACACCCACAAGUAUAUCUGAGGAUUUGAAGUAUAUGUUCACCUUUGGCCUGACAAACCUGUAAUCUUACGUGGAGGCCAACAUUUUUCCCCUCUAUUUGUAAUGAAUCCCAAAGCACUUUUAACUGAUUCAGCUCAUGUUGCAUCAAGACUUUCUCACUAAUAUUUGCUAAGGUAGUGCGGGCUUAUGGCAAACACCAGCACUUCUGCAUUAGCUGAGGACUUGCAGGGAUUUGGAGCUAGGGAGAAAAUCAGAGCUGGCUCUGAGGCGUUCUCGUUGUGAUGUUUGUUGCAAACUACAGGACUCCAGCAGGCACGGUUUGCUGGGGACAUCACAUUUAGGGGUGGGAAGUCAUUAAGCAGCAGGACAGGCUUCACAAGAGAUGAACCUGGUCUUCUGCAUUAGAGCGUAGCCUUUGCUUUCCAAGAUUUACAGGUUGGAAAAGAAUUUAGCCCUAAGAGGGCUGAACACUUGAGAUUUCCCCCAGAAAACCACAUCUUUAAUUCUUGUUGUUGGGCUUUUAUUGCUCUUUGAUUACAGCUGAGCUGCUCUAAUAAGAACAACGGUACCACCCCAGUCCAAAAGCAUCUCUUCGUAAGAAUCUCACGCCGUGAGUCAUUACAUUUAUUUAUCUCCAUAUUUAUUGCAGAUCCUUUGCACAACCGACCACCCUGCUUGGUAUUUGUUGUUCUUCUUGGAAUUGCAGUAGCCGCAGUAGGACAAACAUUUUGUUUUUCUGUAGCAUUCACUCAUUUAGAGAUUUGCGCUGUUUUUUUUUUUCUUGGAUUUCCCCACCAUUUUAUGCUGCUAAUGUUACAGCGUCGAAGCCUUUUCCCACUGAGCAUAAAGCGCAUUAAGCAGCAUGUGCAAAUGAGCAACAGCACAUCUGCUAACUGUGCUAACAGAUGUAAAUAGGAAAAAAAAAGUUACUUUUGGAAAGCUAGAAAUAUUUAUAGGAACCAUUAUCCAUCUUUCCUAACAGUUUGAUUAUCGAUGGAGCCUCUUUCUGGUUCACUAAAGUUGAUUAAGCUUUUGCAGAUGGUUUGACUGGAGGUAAUGACAGAAAUGUGAAAGAAAUGCAGAUGUCUUAAAGCUUUCGAUUUACGUGCUUUAGGCAAAUAAGUGGCUGAAAAGGCAAGCUUUUGUUUCGGAUUCUUUAGGAAAAAAGCACGGCUUUAAAACGUGAGCAGACAGCGGGUUGUCGAACGCAAAGGAGAAGUGCCUGCGCCGAGCCCCGUGUGGUCACCAGCCUGGUGAGGUUUGCUUGCCCAGGGCACGGCUCAGAUGGGGCAUGACUUGCAAAAACUCCCUCAACAGCCCCAGACUACUCUGAUUUCCUCUGCCGUGGUAAUUUAUCCAUUAAGACCUCAGACCUCAGGGAUACAUUUCCUCUCGUGGGGACACGUGGCAUCCUCAGGGGUGGAAGUGUUUUUGUAGCAGCAGUGUAAUUGGGGUGAUUUAGGUGAUUUUCUCUUAGGGCUUCUCUCUCUGUAGCCCUUUCCAACAGGACAGUGCUCACCAGUGGAAGUGUAGGCUUGCCCGUGGCCGCUCAGAAGUGACUCGGAGCAGACCCAGGAGGUUUUCCUCAUCUUCAGCAGCCCAGGUGAACCUGUAAGCUGCUCGGUCACAGUCAGGGCAGGACCUGAGUCAUUUAGCACUGCAGCCACACAACAGAGGACUCACACAAGUCUCCACUCUUGAGGUAAAGUGAGAAUGGCUGUGGGGCUCUUGGACCUUCCUCUACUGGGGGCUGAAUGCAGGUAGGGGUGAGCCACAGCCCUACAAAUGAGCAGUGGCAAUAGCUACGGAACAGAGCUCUCUCCAUCUGCCUCCAGCCAAGCUGCUCUACGAGUCAAAGGGCAGAUUUGGCAGGAAUGUCAGGACCUGCAUCACUUCUGAUCCAGGGAAUGAUUUUUCUGCGUAGCCCUCCUCAACUUUUUUGGUCCCAUCACCUUUGCACAAAUGGGACUGAGAUGUAGUUAUCCUUGGCUGCCCCAGCAGCUUUCACGUUCUGCCUUCUACUCCACAGCCCUUUCCUCUUCUGACAGCUUCAGAGAACGCUUUUUCCCUUUUUCCUUCCAACAGGCAAGUAGGUCACUGUCACUUUGCACGUCGAUUCUGUAACCUGCCUGUCAGUACAACAAUUUUGGGAAAAGUGCCCAAAGGUUGAUGCUGUCUGGGCUGGGUCUGCUAGCUGUGGGAGUCUGGAGGAGAUGCUUAUGGUCAGGUUUUUCACCCUCCCUUUUUUCUCUGAGCCCUUCUUUAUGGAACUAAAAUGUAAUUAGAGAGCUCAGAAAAUACUCAAAAUGGUGUUGAAGCUGAGUUAAAUAUACCAGUGAUGAGGAAAUCAUAGCAAGGUAGGGUGUGAAUUGGAAGCGUGCCUUGUAUGUGAGAUCUUCGAGUUGCUCAAAGGUUUCAUUCAGCUCCUCUCUAACUGGGAGUGGGUGUGUGGGGGCUGGUGGGCGUGAAUACUCAUUAUUUCCCUCAAGGUGGAACAGAAAGAUAAGGUCGUUUUAAAUAUGUUUCGUAGGGCUAAUGGGUGAAUCUACCUGAUGAUUAUAUCCUCCUCCCAAAACUUCGCACGGGGCUGAGUAAUGUCAUCUGGCUGUUGCUUGGUUACUGGCACACAAAGACCCUUUUUUUGGACUAAAAUGCACUUUAAGUAAAAACAGAAGGACCUGAGAGAAAUCAUUUGGGAUAUAAACCUGGUGAUAAACUGGAUUAAAAUAAUUUUCCGUUAGAAUGGUGGCUUCUUGUUAAUAUUUCAGUGUUUGCUUUAUGCAAAGGAGGGAAGGGCAGGAGCAAUUGAGUAUUUUUGUGAUCGUUUACUUCUUUGUCUCAGUUUGGAUUUUCCAGAAUUGUAAAUCUAAAUGAUGUGAAGGUGGAUCAGAAAUAGCAAUUCAAUAUACUCAAGUCAUUGCAGUCACCCCAGAGGCGGUAAGCUGUGCAUUUUCCUGCAGGAGCUGGGCAGCACGGCCUCCAGCUGUGCUAACACACUUCGAGGAGGGUGGAAGAGCCUCCUUGAGGGUAGAAACCAAGGUCAAUGUUAGUAGGAAGGUGAAAAGUUUUGCCAACUACUGCACUGUGUGAAGGGGUACUCCUAGUAGUUACAUUAGGGAUAAGGAGCUCAACUGCUUUGUUUUAUUAUGCAGGUUCAUCGUAAAAAAGAAUCUGAGUUUUACAUUUUUUUUUCAGCAAGCUGCAAGCUUCUCUGGUUGCUGUCGGUACUUGCAUUGAAGUAUUUAUUGUGUUUGCUUUGGGUACUUGAACGGAUUUUUUCCCCAAUUAAAAGCUUAAUAAUAGGAGAGCCAUUAAUCAGUACAGCUCGGUGCUGUAGAGCACGUUGGAAGAAGACACAGCCACUCGUAGAGAUGCCAAAUCAGGUCAUUGUUUUUCCAAAAGGUUCCUGGUUCUGAAGCGUGCUUCAGUACGCUUUUACACGUUGUAGACUAAUUCUCCUCUGGGGCUUGGGGAUGGCUGUUUUCCUUUUGUUCCUGUAAUCCUAUAAUAAUAAUAAUAUGUGUCAUUUGCUCUGAGGUCCUGCUCUGGCCAGCUACUGAGGUUGUUCAUGCCCUUAGUGUGAAGUACGCUGCAGUAACAGCUUCUAGAGGUGCCAUAGCUUUAGGAAUUCAUGUCAUUUCAGUGAGGGAUGUCUUCAAGACAAGAAGCUCAUCAGUUGAGACUGCGGUAAAUUGUGUUAGUAGUACAUCAGUCCAUAUAACUUUUACCUAGACCUAAUUAGACAAGGAGUUGUUUUUCCUAUUUUCUUAAUGCAAAUCAUCGCACGCUUCGUGCUAUCUAGUAGGAACGUAGAGUACAAAUGAAAAUUGUGAAAUCUGUAGAUGUUUGAAACUGAUACUGUUGGCCAGAUUGUCAGCUAAAAAUAUGUUAUUUGCUUAAAGUUUACUGGCUAAACUUUUGUUUAAAUACGUGCAGGAGAAGUUGGGUGGGAUCUACGUUGCACUACACAGUCCGUGCUGUAACCCAGUUUUCAGCGAAAUGAUAUUGUGAACUAUGUUGUACGAGUCUAUGUCUAUUACAUACUCUUCAUCUAGCGAUUCAUUUUGAAUCUCCCUUCGAUUGAUUGAUUGUCCCAGAGGGAUUUUCAGCAGAUGAAGUGGUGAUUCAGUGAGCAUUACUCAUGCAGCAAAUACUUCUUGCAGCACUGCUCGCACGUUUCCCCAGGACCAGUCAUGCUCACGUACCCCUCCGAACUCCCUGCAGCUCGGGGCAAAGCUGCUCUAGGUGUGCUCCAAAGCGGUGUACAAUCUCCAGUUUUAGAUGGUUUCUUCUCCUACAUGGGUUUGAGAGCUGAGCACCUGCAGAGCUGGACUUGUGGAUCCCAGAGAGCCCUGACAGUCCCGGUGACACGGGGACAGCUGCGCCGUGCCUCGUCGUGAUGCACAGUACGCAAUUCUGUGCUGCUGGUUAUUGAGUACUGCACACAGACAGAUGUGCACGCAGAGAGGCGCGCACAGCUAAUUGGGAGCUGCUGGGCCAUAUGGCGUGUGAAGGCAGCGUUGCAGCCCCGUAACGAGAGCCUCCUGUCAGCAGCCAUGUCCACAGGCAGCAAGUGCUGCUCCCGGGAAGUCGUUUCAGAGAGCCCAGCUUUCCUUUUGGGAACCACAAAAAGGUGCUGGUGGGAGCUCGGAGAGCGCUCCUGAGCUGCCUGCAGGUGUUGUGGGUCCAGGAAAGAUGCGGCUGGCUCUGUUAUGUGUCUACUGGUAUUUCUUGGCCUUGUGCCUUGUGCUGCGGCGAGGGAUCAGCCUGUAGUGCUGAGGAUGCCCAUCACGCCCAGCCAAGGUUUCCAGCAUGAUGUGCCAGCAUGAGUAAUUGUUCUACUUUGCAUCAAGGUAGUCCGCAACUUAGCAGAGCUGAAAACAAGUUCAAAGUGCCACUUAUUUUUGGCUGCGUGAUAUUUUAACAGACUUGAGGCAUCGGGAGAUUUCUCGUGCUGCAGACAGCCUGAGACCCGGGGACUGCUCCAAGACGAUCUGUUUAUAAGUAGUUACUUCAGAAACACUUGAGUGUGCUACUCAGCUAUCCAAAGUGUUGUCAGAGGAUUGAAGUUGGCUGAUGCACAACAUCUUAUUUAAAGCAAAGAAGGCAUCAGCUAUCCAGCACUGGUUUCUUUGCACACUUAAUGUGUGCAGGCAUGGAGGCGGGUGUGCGUGCGGCUAAGACAUUAGCCCUGAUAUUACCUUCAGCAGAUGCUGCAUCACACCAGCAGCUGCUCCUUUCUCCAAAGAAGUGCAGGUCGCCCAUCUCCUGGGCAUCUCAGGAGGAAAGGGGCUCGUGCAGCCCUGCUCCCUGGUGGCACGCAGCCCUCACGGCCGUCCUCGCUGCGCGUGGGGUCCUGGUGCCGAGGUGUCAGGCAUCUCGGGGUGAUCUCCUGGAACGGGUGCUUGUAGCUCGUGCUGUCUGCUUCUGUUUCAGCCAAAGCACACAUCUGUGCCUCUUGAGGGGAGCUGUUUAUGGUGGUUUUUUCCCUAACGUGUGUUUAUAGGUUUGAUUCCUUGUCUGCGGUGGUUUUGGCCUUUAGCUGUGCUUCGCACUUCUUGGAGAUUUGGAGCACUUUGCAGAUAGUUUGUGGAUGUCUCUGUGAUGCACUUUGCUAAUUGGAAAACAAACUUGUGGACAGCAUUUCUGAUGGGGCAUAAUUCUUCUCUGAGCCUUUUAUUUGGGACCGUAGCCAUGAGAUAACCUGACUCUUUCUGGCAGAAAGCACCCACCAGCAGAAAAGCAAGGCACUGCAGAGGAAAUGUUCAAAGCUGCUGCGAUGUUGGUGUAGAAGUAGGCAACAUUAUCUUGUGGGUUCAUUUAAGCUUUGACAGUUUGUUCCCAUUUUAAUUAUUGUGCUAUAUACAGUUUCAGGGUGGGUUACUGCACGCCAGUGCAGGGGAAGGCAGCUCCCUGCCUGUCUUUAAGAAGAGCUUCACUCUAGCAGUGACCGCUCGCCGCUUUUCACAACUUCCUAGCACUGACAUUCCAAAGCCAUAGCGCGUAUCGUGGUACUCACCUUCUUUCUGCUCUUA